ACCACCACCACCUCUCUCCUUUGCUCUGCAGGACUGAGCAGUCCGGCGCAAGCGAUAACAAACAGCUGAGGCAGCGAGCGCCCCCGUCCCGGCCCUGAGAGCACACCGGCCCCGGGCCCCACGCGGGGCGCUCGUCCGCCCACCAUGAGGAAGAUCCGCGCCAAUGCCAUCGCCAUCCUGACCGUAGCUUGGAUCCUGGGCACUUUCUACUACUUAUGGCAGGACAAUCGAGCCCAUGCAGCAUCCUCCGGCGGCCGCGGGGCGCAGAGGGCCGGAGGGAGACCGGAGCAGCUCCGCGAGGACCGCACCAUCCCGCUCAUUGUGACAGGAACACCCUCGAAAGGCUUUGAUGAGAAGGCAUACCUGUCAGCCAAGCAGCUGAAGCCUGGAGAAGACCCAUACAGGCAACAUGCCUUCAACCAGCUGGAGAGUGACAAGCUGAGCCCAGACCGGCCCAUCCGGGACACCCGCCAUUACAGUUGCCCAUCCUUGUCCUAUUCCUUGGACCUGCCAUCCACCAGUGUCAUCAUCACCUUCCACAACGAGGCUCGCUCUACACUCCUGCGCACAGUGAAGAGUGUUCUGAACCGAACUCCUGCCGGCUUGAUCCAGGAGAUCAUUUUAGUGGAUGACUUCAGUUCAGACCCUGAAGACUGUCUGCUUCUGACCAGGAUCCCCAAGGUCAAGUGCCUUCGCAAUGACAAGCGGGAAGGACUGAUCCGGUCCCGGGUUCGUGGGGCAGAUGUGGCAGGGGCCACAGUUCUCACCUUUCUGGAUAGUCACUGUGAGGUGAACGUAGAGUGGCUGCAGCCGAUGCUGCAGCGGGUGAUGGAGGACCACACCCGUGUGGUGAGCCCCAUCAUCGAUGUCAUCAGCCUGGAUAAUUUUGCCUACCUUGCAGCAUCCGCGGAUCUCCGAGGAGGAUUUGACUGGAGUCUGCAUUUCAAGUGGGAGCAGAUCCCGCUGGAGCAGAAGAUGACCCGGACCGACCCCACGAAGCCCAUCAGGACACCCGUCAUAGCUGGAGGAAUCUUCGUGAUUGACAAGGCCUGGUUUAACCACUUGGGAAAGUAUGAUGCCCAGAUGGACAUUUGGGGAGGAGAGAAUUUUGAACUCUCCUUCAGGGUAUGGAUGUGCGGUGGCAGCUUGGAGAUUGUGCCCUGCAGCCGGGUGGGCCACGUCUUCAGGAAGAGGCAUCCCUACAACUUCCCCGAGGGCAAUGCCCUCACGUAUAUCAGGAACACAAAGCGCACUGCAGAGGUGUGGAUGGAUGAAUACAAGCAAUACUACUAUGAGGCCCGGCCCUCAGCCAUUGGGAAGGCCUUUGGCAGUGUGGCCACGCGCAUCGAGCAGAGGAAGAAGAUGGACUGCAAGUCCUUCCGUUGGUACCUGGAGAAUGUCUACCCUGAGCUCACUGUCCCUGUGAAGGAAGUGCUACCUGGUGUCAUUAAGCAAGGAGUCAACUGCUUAGAGUCCCAGGGCCAGAACACAGCUGGUGACCUCCUGCUUGGAAUGGGGAUCUGCAGAGGGUCUGCCAAGAGCCCUCCUCCAGCUCAGGCGUGGCUGUUCAGCGACCACCUCAUCCAGCAGCAAGGGAAAUGCUUGGCUGCCACCUCUACCUUAAUGUCCUCCCCCGGAUCCCCAGUAAUACUGCAAGCAUGUAACCAUAAAGAAGGCAAGCAGAAAUGGAGAAGGAAAGGCUCUUCCAUCCAGCAUUCAGUCAGCGGCCUCUGCCUGGAAACAAAGGCUGCCCAGCUAGUGACCAGCAAGUGUCAGGCAGAUGCCCAGGCCCAGCAAUGGCAACUGUUGCCACACACAUGAUGGAUGCCCAGGCCCAGCAAUGGCAACCGCUGCCACACACAUGAUGGUAGCCCCCAGCCUCCUGUACCUUCUGCAUGAGACUUGGGGACUGGAAGGGGUUAGGGUGGGGGAGCGUCAAGCGGGCUGUUUCCCAUCUCCUCACGUUUCUACUGGCUCAUCAGUACACACCCCUCCCUACCACACGUUUCUCCAAAGCUAGUUCAGGACGGGUGCAGGGGUGUGCCCUGUGCCCUCUGUGCCACUGCAGUCGCCCUGGGAGGGGAGCUGGUUAGUAUGCAGCUGUCCUGGGCAGGGACUUGGCAGCUGCUCUUGGCCCUUUUGUUUUCUCCCUUGAUCCUUUUGGGGCCCCAGAUGGAAGUGAUGUGUGGGCCUUCUCCUUGUUGCCUAAGGGGGGGCCA